AUGGAAGAACAACAACCACCAUCAAUAAAGAAAAAAAUUGUUGAUUUUUUAACAAAUUUUUUAAAGAAAAGACCAUCACAUGAAGAUUUAAGAAGGGAUAAUAUUUUAGUUGCGCCAAAUAAUGUAUCACCAGCAAUUCAACCAUCAAGAUAUGAAUUAGAAGGUCAUUUAAAUCCAUCAUCUCAUAAUAGAGAUGAUAGUAGUAAUAACAAUAAUAAUAAUAAUAAUAAUAAUAAUACAGUGGAAUAUUCUAGAGGUCAUUCAAAAAGUCAUUCAAGAAGUGAUUCAAAACAUCAUAAUAGGGAGAAUUCAAAGAGUGAUCGUGAUAAUUCAAGGAGUGAUAAUAUUCGUUUUGGUAGAAAAGAUACAUUUAAGAACGCAUGGGAUUAUUUAAGAAAUAUAGAUUUUACAUUUUCAAAGACAAAAUAUGGUAAUACGGUUGUACAUCGUUUAAAACAUCCACAAUUUGGACUUAGUCCUGAAGAGUUACAAAGUUUAUAUCCUGAUCAACCACAUGGUAUACCAAUAGUUUUAACAAAAUGUUUUGAAUAUUUAUCAAAACAUUUAGAAACUGAGGGUCUUUUUAGAGUACCUGGUUCAAAUAGAGAAGUUAGUCUUUUAAAAUUUAAAAUUGAAGAUGGUGAUCUUGACUUUUCUGAAGUUUUAAUACCUUAUAAUAUUUGUGGUUUAAUUUCAACAUUUUUUAAAGAAUUACCUGAACCUUUAAUACCUUUUGAUUAUUAUAAUGAUGCAAUUUUAAUUACAAAAUUAGGAUCAAAAGAUAAAUAUAUAAUUGGAUUAAGAGAUUUAGUAUUAUCAUUACCACCAGCAAAUUUAUGUAUGUUAAGAAAAUUAUUAGAAUUUUUAUUAACAGUUGAAAAAAAGAAUGAAUUUAAUAAGAUGACAAUUUCAAAUAUUAGUAUAAUUUUCGGUGUAACAUUAUUAAAGGAUCCAGAUACAGUUGAUCCAAUGAAAAGUUUAAAUAAUAUUCAAGCUCAAUCAACUAUUAUAAAAUAUAUGUUAGAAUAUUUUAAUGAUAUUUUCAAAGAGGCUUCAGUUGUUAAAGCAUAUAGAAAAUCAAUUGUACCAAAAGAACCAAUGGAUACAACUUCAAUUAGUUAUUUAGAUCCUGCUGAAUCAAAUGGUGGUUCACCAAGAACUUCAAAUACGCCAUAUCAACAACAGCACCAAUUAUCGUCUCAAUCAAUGGCAAAUAUUAAACCACGCCCACCUUCUCGUUCAAAAAUGAUGAGAGAAACCAUUGUUUUAAGUCCAAGAGUAUCCGGUGGUAAUAAUCAAGUAUAUGCAAAUGCAACAAUGACUCGUCCAAUGUCAAGAUUAUUUUUUGAUCCUGAAAUUAUUCCAUCACCACCUCCAACCACCACAACAACAACAACCACAACAACAAAUACCACCACCACCACUACUACUACAAAUACUACUCCUAAUAAUACAACGACUGUCAAUAUUCAACAAAAACCAGUACCACCAAAACCAAAUUUAAUACCAAGAAAAUUACCUCCUAAUCCAAAUUAUUCAACAUAUCCUGCACCAUUACCACCAAGACAACCUAAUACAAUUCCAUUGGCACCAAUACCACCACCAAAACCCAAUUCAACUUAUAAAAAACAAAUUACUCAACCACCUCCACCACGUAAACCAACUUCACCUUCACCACCAAUUGCAACUUUAAAACCAACUUCAAAAUCUGAUUUUAUACCUUCAACAAAUAAUAAUUUAAAUAAUAAUAAUACAACAACAACAACUAGCAGUUUAAUUAGUAUUCCAAAAGCAAAACCACCACCACCAAAGAGAAAUAAUGUGGUAUCACCAGCUAUAGAAGAACCAAUUAAUCCAAAUCUCAAUAUAAAUUCAACAACAACAACACCAACUCCACCUUUAGCAUCAUUUAAAAAUAAUGGUACAAUUUCAUCUGGUAGUAAAUCAAAUCCAAAUUUACAAAAUUUAUUAAAUACUAAUCAACCAUUAGUUUCAUCGAAUGGCCCACCAAAUAAACCACCACCACAACCAUUUGAAUUAUUAAAAUCAAAACCAAUUACAACAACUCCAACUAUUAAAAAAGGUGUAACAUUUUCUGAAACUCCAAAAAUUUCAAAUUCUCCACCAUCACCAUCAUCAUCCUCACCAUCACCACCUCAUAACCAACCAAUUAUUGUUAAUAAGCCCAUUCCAUCUAAAUCUGCUCCACCACCAGUUAGAACUACUUCUUCACCUAGUAUUGUUACAAAGAAAUUUGUUCCAACUAUACCAACUCAAACUACUACAGCAUCAUCAUCAUCAACACCAACCACACCAAAGAAUCAACAUUUAUCAAAAGAUGACUCAUCAAUUCCACCAAUUAAUACUUCUCAAACCAAUAAUAAUAUUUCAAAUUCAUCUAUACCAAGUCCAAAAUCAAAAUCAGCAUUAAGUUUAUCAACACCAAAGGAUUCAAUUACAGGUAAACCAAUAAAACCACCUUCAAAUAGUGAUUUAUCAAUUAGCACAACUCCAUUACCACCGACAUCUUCAUCACCAACUUCAUCAUCACCUUUACAAUCACCAAAAAUAUCUUCGCCUUCAGUUUUAACAGUUUCACAAAAAAUAGCAUUAAAUGAAAAAAUAGCUGCAAAUCAAGCAAAGAAAAAUCCUCUUUCAAAUAGUGGGGGUUUAAAACAAAUUUCACCAGACUUAAUAAAAUCAAAUAAUAUCAAUAAAUAA